AGAUGAGGGACCUCUUCCUGUAACUUAAUUGAAACGGAAGCGAACAAUCGUGUCGACCGCGACAAACUCGCGUGGCCUACUAGACGUAAAUCGUAUAAACUAAAUAUUAAGCUCGUGAUAACAGUCGUUCCGGGGUGGCAAUUAUUGGUUCGUCAAAAUAAUGAAUUUACACUCUCUCAUUUUUUUCGUGUCGGAAUAAGUGGUAGGAUAUUUGAAUAUUUACCAUAAAAACACUUUUCUAGUUAGUUAAAGUAAAAGAAAAUAGCAACAUGAGAAAAAAGUGUCCAUUGCGGCGCAAAAUGUACGAAAGUUCGUGUUCUUAUCAAGGCGCACUAGAGCUGAAACGUAGUACAGCUUCAACUUGUCCUUUGGGUAUUAAAACAGAAGAAUUUAGUACCGCAGCAGAUUGGCCUGCUUACAGAUUCUGCAAUCCCAGUACUUUUGAACAGUUAAAACAAAGUGUGGAAAAAGCCAAAGCAGCAUUACAGGAUCGAACAAGUUUUUUUGGAAACGGUAGUGCAUUUAGUGAUCUGUAUAAUGUUUCAUCAGGACGUUCGCAAGAAAAUUUAGUUCAAGAAAGCAGUAGGCUUCGUGACAAUAACGAUGUAGAUAUUAAAAGAACAGAUACAUCAUACAAAGGAUCGUGGAGUUCGCAUGCAUCAUCUCAACCACAGGGUUAUGGAUCAAACUCAUUAUCAGGCAUGACCAAAUCAUUGGACCCUCAUGGACAUCUUCGACAACCAGAUCCGUAUCAAAUGUUUGGACCAACCAGUAGUCGUUUAGCAAGUUCAGGAUCUGGACAAAUACAACUUUGGCAAUUUCUCUUGGAAUUAUUAAGUGAUUCUUCGAAUGCAGCCUGCAUAACUUGGGAAGGUACGAAUGGAGAAUUUAAACUCACAGAUCCGGAUGAAGUUGCUAGAAGAUGGGGAGAACGCAAAUCCAAACCGAAUAUGAAUUAUGACAAACUGUCCCGAGCUUUACGAUACUACUAUGACAAAAACAUAAUGACAAAAGUUCAUGGAAAAAGAUAUGCAUAUAAGUUUGACUUCCAAGGCUUGGCCGCAGCCACCCAACCCGCGACAAGUGAUCCAAGCAGCUACAAAUAUCAAAGCGAGCUAUUUAUGAGUUCCUAUCAUCAUAGUGCUAAGCUUGGUGGCUUUAUGAGCCCUCAUGCAACCAUCCCAAGUUCUGCAGCUUCCAUUUUUCCUUCUCCGGGUUCCUACUGGACUAAUCCAAGUGCAAAUUUAUACUCAAAUAUUGCCGCCAGUACGCAUUCAAUAAGUCAUCAUACUGCCCCCCAUCUAGGGGCACCUCCGUUGGGGUCUUAUCCUCACUAUGCAUGACCUGUUUCCAACCCAACCCCUGGAUCGGAUUGGACCAGAAAAUUAACGAUGUGAAUGUUAUAUUAGUUACAUAAAAGAAUAUUCCUAUAGGAUAUAAAAAAUCGUGUUUAUAAAUAAGUUUUUUAACCUCCAAAACAAAAUAAUGUAAUUUUUGUGUGUGCAAAAUAAUCUUUUUUAUUUUAAUUAUUUAACGCUUUUGUUUAUAAUUUUU